AUGCUGCUGUCCCGCAGCGCAGCGGCCGGCCCUUCCAAGGCGUCGGCCCAGACGCUCGCCCGCGUGUGUGUCUCAUCGCCGGGAUCGUCCGCAACAGUGUCGGCCUCAUCGACGGCCUCCUCCUCUCCCGCCUCCGCCUUCAGAUCUGCUUCAAGACAUCCGUCGUCAAGGCGGGCCUUUGCCACGGUCCAGGACGCCGCGCCGCCAAAGCGGACGUAUGGCGGACUCAAGGACCAAGACCGCAUUUUCCAGAACCUCUACAGCCGCUACCCGCCCGACCUGAAGCACGCCCGCAAGAUGGGCGACUGGCACAAGACCAAGGAGAUUCUGCUCAAAGGCCACGAAUGGAUCAUCAGCGAGGUCAAGGCGUCCGGUCUGCGCGGCCGCGGCGGUGCUGGUUUUCCCUCGGGUCUGAAAUGGUCGUUUAUGAACUUUAAGGACUGGGACAAGGACAACAAGCCUCGCUAUCUGGUGGUCAAUGCCGACGAGGGUGAGCCGGGCACCUGCAAGGACCGCGAGAUUAUGCGCAAGGACCCGCAUAAGCUGGUCGAAGGCUGUCUGAUCGCUGGUCGGGCCAUGAACGCCACGGCCGCCUACAUCUACAUCCGCGGCGAGUUUGUGUACGAGGCCGAGGUGCUGCAGGCAGCCAUCAACGAGGCGUAUGCCGAGGGCCUGAUUGGCAAGAACGCCUGCGGCUCGGGCUACGACUUUGACGUGUUCAUCCACCGCGGUGCUGGCGCCUACGUCUGCGGCGAGGAGACGUCGCUGAUCGAGUCGAUCGAGGGCAAGCCGGGCAAGCCGCGGCUCAAGCCGCCCUUCCCGGCGGCCGUCGGUGUCUUUGGCUGCCCGUCGACAGUGACCAACGUGGAGACGGUGGCGGUGGCGCCGACCAUCUGCCGUCGUGGCGGCGCCUGGUUCGCCGGCUUUGGUCGUGAGCGCAACCAGGGCACCAAACUGUUCUGCAUUAGCGGCCACGUCAACAACCCGUGCACGGUCGAGGAGGAGAUGUCCAUUCCGCUACGCGAGCUGAUCGACCGCCACUGCGGCGGCGUGCGCGGCGGCUGGGACAAACUGCUGGCCGUCAUUCCCGGCGGCUCGUCUACGCCCAUCCUGCCGAAGAGCAUGUGCGAGGACCAGCUGAUGGACUUUGACGCCCUCAAGGACAGCCAGUCAGGCCUCGGCACCGCUGCCGUCAUCGUCAUGGACAAGAGCACCGACGUCGUGCGCGCCAUCAGCCGUCUCAGCCACUUCUACCGCCACGAGUCGUGCGGCCAGUGCACGCCCUGCCGCGAGGGCAGCAAGUGGACCGAGCAGAUCAUGAGCCGCUUCGAGAAGGGCAUGGGUCGCGAGCGCGAGAUCGACAUGCUGCAGGAGCUGACGAAGCAGGUCGAGGGACACACCAUCUGUGCUCUUGGCGAGGCUUUCGCAUGGCCCAUCCAGGGCCUCAUCCGCCACUUCCGGCCCGAGCUGGAGGCCCGGAUGCAGAAGUUUGCGGCAGAGAACGGCGGCGUCCCGCUGGCUGGCGGCUGGCCACACGACACCCGGAAACAGGGUCACCUGGUCGCGCCCGGUCAGUAG